AUGUCUAAGAAAGAAAAGCCUCUGUAUUCCCUCAUCGCGGGGACCACCGCCGGAGCAAUCGAGGCGUUCGUGACCUAUCCUACUGAGUAUGUCAAGACUCGCUCGCAAUUCAGUGGGAAGCGGGAGGGGCCGUGGACGAUUGUCCGUACUACAUUACAGACGAAGGGUGUGAUUGGACUCUAUUCAGGAUGCAUGGCUUUGGUUGUAGGCAACUCCAUAAAGGCUGGAGUGCGAUUCCUCUCGUAUGACCACUUCAAGCACAUGCUUGCCGACCCUGAGGGUAAAGUGAGCGCACCACGGAGUCUAGCAGCUGGUCUCGGCGCAGGCAUGAUGGAAGCCAUUUUCGCCGUAACGCCGUCGGAAACAAUAAAAACGAAGCUCAUUGACGAUGCGAAGAGCCCCAACCCGCGAUUCCGGGGACUUAUACACGGCACAGCUACAAUAGUGCGAGAAGAGGGUCUUCGCGGUGUCUAUCGUGGUCUCUUCCCUGUUAUGAUGCGUCAAGGAGCAAACUCGGCUGUUCGCUUCACGACAUACACAACUAUAAAGCAGUUCGUCCUCAGCAACGCGCGUCCUGGACAAACUCUUUCAACUGGCGUGACCUUCGGUAUCGGCGCCAUCGCGGGACUUGUGACCGUCUACACUACUAUGCCUCUCGACGUCAUUAAGACCCGAAUGCAGUCUCUUGAGGCACGACAAGCAUACCGUAACUCGUUCCACUGCGCGUACAGGAUCUUCACCGAGGAGGGCAUCCUGCGAUUCUGGACAGGUACGACACCGAGGUUGGCACGGCUGGUCAUGAGCGGGGGCAUUGUCUUCACGGUCUAUGAGCAUGUCAUUAGCAUGCUUGGCGCACGAGAGAAGUAG